AUGUACCCGAAGCGAUACCUGAGCCUCUUGGCCCUGGCUCUCAGCCUCCCUCUGGCAGCUCUGGCUGCUCCUGCUCACCAGCCAUUCGUCCCCGGAUCUAGCGCAAAUGCCUACUCCCCCUCCACUCGCUUUGCUCCUCUCACCGCCAACCCUGAACUCGAGACCAUCCCGGGCGCUUACAUGGUCGUCCUCAAGGAUGGAAUCAGCUCCAACGACUUUUUCGCACACCAGGGACUCAUCUCGUCCGCGCAGCUCUCGGCAAACAGCUUCCACGGCGAGGACGCUCAGGGCAUCCGCCACGUCUACGACCUCGAGGGCCACCUCCAGGGUUACGCAGGCAAAUUCACCGAUGAUGUCCUCGACUACAUCCGUGCUCAGCCCGAGGUCGAGUACGUCGAGAUGGACACGCUCGUCUCGGUCGAGGUCAUGCCCCAGGAAGAAGACAAGGUCUGGGACGUCGAGUACGACGACUCGCUCGCCGCCGCUGCCAUGAAGACCACCAAGGUCGGCGCAAAGGACAUCGAAAAGGGCGCCCCAUGGGGUCUCGCCCGUAUCUCGCACCGCAAGCGCCUCGGUUUGAGCACCUUCAACAAGUACGUCUACCAGGGCGAUGGUGGUGAGGGUGUCACCGCCUACGUCAUCGACACGGGUAUCAACAUCAACCACGUCGAGUUCGAGGGCCGCGCCCGCUGGGGCAAGACCAUGCCUCAGAACGACGUCGACGAGGACGGAAACGGGCACGGCACCCACUGCGCCGGCACCAUCGGCUCGCGCAAGUACGGUGUCGCCAAGAAGGCUGAGCUCGUCGCCGUCAAGGUGCUCGGCUCGGGCGGCUCCGGAUCCAUGUCGGACGUCACUGGUGGUGUGCUCUGGGCUGUCGAGGACGCCAAGCGUCUCACCGCUCAGUUCCGCGCCAACCCGCGCUCGGCUGCCGCCAAGAAGCACAAGGGCUUCGUCGCCAACAUGUCGCUCGGCGGUGGCAAGUCGCCCACCCUCGACAAGGCCGUCAACGGUGCCGUCACCAGCGGUAUGCACUUCGGUGUUGCCGCAGGUAACGAGAACCAGGACGCCUGCAACGUCUCGCCUGCCGGUGCCGGCAACCCGGUCACCGUCGGUGCCUCGACGGUCCAGGACGAGCGUGCCUACUUCUCCAACAAGGGCAAGUGUGUCGACAUCUUUGCUCCCGGUCUCAACAUCCUUUCUACAUGGAACACCGGCAACACCUCGGUCAACACCAUCUCCGGUACUUCGAUGGCCAGCCCUCACAUUGUCGGUCUUCUCGCUUACCUUCUCUCCAUCUACGGUACCGACGACUUUAAGCUGCUCACCAAUGCUGCUGAGCAGCUCUCGGUCGUCGACGUCGAGGAUUCGCUCGCUUCCAAGCUCUCUGGCGUGAUGCCCAUCCCCGCCAUGGCUCUCGACCUCGUCAGCAGCGUCGCUGGCUACUUUGCCGGCGGUGACGCCACCGCCAAGUCGGACAUUGUCGGUGUCCUCUCCCCCAACGAGCUCAAGAAGGCGCUCAUCAAGCUCGCCUCGCCCGGCGUCUUGACCGGUCUGGACGCCGACACGGUCAACAAGCUUGCUUUCAACAACGCCACCUCGUCCGCCUGA